AUGUCCUCGAUCCUCCGCCAGAUCGUUGCAGGUCCUCGACUCCAACAUCCAGAGGCUGGCCUAGAUUUAUGCUACGUGACCGAUAACAUCAUCGCAACGUCCGGCCCAUCCGCAACAUACCCCCAACGCGCAUACCGCAACCCUCUCGAGCAGCUAGUCAAGUUUCUCGACUCCAAACAUGGCGGGAACUGGUGUAUCUGGGAGUUUCGCGCCGAAGGCACCGGGUAUCCCGAUUCCGAGGUGUACAAUCGCAUUCAUCACUUCCCGUGGCCAGAUCACCAUCCACCACCCUUUGCGCUGAUCCCGAAUAUUAUGGGUAGUAUGCGGAAUUGGGUGCACCGACUAGAUGCCAAGGAUGGAGAUAAAGUCGCGGGCGCGGACGACCAGGACGCGCAGAAGAGAGUCGUAGUGGUACACUGCAAGGCGGGCAAAGGUCGCAGCGGGACGAUCGCGACCUCAUAUCUGAUCAGCCAAGAAGGAUGGAAAAAGGAGGAUGCAUUGCAAAGGUUUACAGAGCGGCGCAUGCGAGUCGGGUUCGGGAAUGGAGUGAGCAUCCCCAGUCAGCUGAGGUAUGUUGAUUAUGUCGACCGGUGGGCGAACCAACUGGGGAAGCAGUACGUGGAACGACCAGUGGAAAUCCUAGAGAUUCACCUCUGGGGACUACGAGAUGGCGUCAAGGUCGCCGUGGAGGGAUAUGUGGACGAAGGCAAGAAGAUUAAAUGUUUCCACCUAUUCCAUCGCAAAGAGCGCACCGUCGUCGAAGCCGGUAACAACGAUACCACAUCCAUACCCUCUCAAAAUCACCUCGACAUCAAAGACUCACCAGCAAAACCGAUCAAUACAUCCGCAACCUGGUCCCCGCUUGCCACACAAUCCGAUUCAUCUUCCGCAUCCGAACUCUCCCGCCGCACAACGACAACACCCAACCUCUCCGCCAUGAUAUUCCGUCCUAACAAGCGCAUCAUCCUCCCAAACUCAGAUGUGAACAUCGACUUUGAACGACGCAGCAAAGCCUCCUACACGGGAUUCGCCAUGGUGACAUCCGUCGCACACGUCUGGUUCAACGUAUUCUUCGAAGGCGGGUACGAGCACGACUCGGGCGUUUUCGAGAUAGAGUGGGAUGCAAUGGAUGGUAUCAAGGGCAGUGCGAGGAAGGGAAUACGCGCUUUCGAGCGGUUAAAGGUCGUAUGGCGGUAUCCGGCCGAGCAGGACGCGCCGCGAGGCUCGAAUGUGUCUGCGGCUGGACGACCUAUCAGUGAACCCAAGCCCGGCGAGCCCAUCCACGAGAGCGCUCCUGCAGAUUGGCGGGGGAAGAAAGACGACGAUGGCGAGGGCGUUGAGAAAACGCAAAGUCAAGAGAAUACUCCUCCGUCUACGGGUCAGGAUCCAUCAAAGGAGUCCCGGACUGGCUCGAGCACGACGGGGUCGACAUUGCUAGCCGUCGGUGUGGGCUCUCUUCAUGCAUUAGAGAAGCAACUCGGGCUCCGCAAGCAGACGGAUGAAAGUAAGGAUGUGAGUUUAGCGGGUAGUGAUGACGAGGCUCGUGGGGGGACGGAUGAAGAAAGGCGGGCGAAGAAGGGCAAGGGUGUGGACAAUUCCGAGGAGAAGUCCGAGGAAAAUGGGGAUUUGGAGGGUGUCCAGUCUUAUUUUAAGAAUGGAGAUGGACUGAAAGAGAAGGGUGAUGAGGGGGUUCAAGGGAAGCAAUUGUGA